AUAGUUUCGCAUUUCGCCAUUACUGGAGGUGAAGGCACUCAUUCAGUAAGUUGACUGGGUGGGUGCAUAAUGUCCCGAACAAAUGAUGCUGGAGGCUACAGCCAAAGUUAUAAGCUGGUUGUAGUAGGUGGAGGAGGCGUUGGAAAAAGUGCCUUAACCAUUCAGUUUAUUCAGUCUUACUUUGUGACGGACUAUGACCCCACCAUUGAAGAUUCUUACACAAAGCAAUGUGUCAUUGAUGAGGUUGUUGCCAGAUUGGACAUUCUGGACACGGCCGGGCAGGAGGAGUUCAGUGCCAUGAGAGAGCAGUACAUGAGGUCUGGAGAAGGAUUUUUACUGGUCUACUCUGUCACAGACAGAAACAGCUUUGAAGAGAUCUUCAAAUUCCACAAACAGAUUCUGCGAGUGAAAGACCGAGAUGAAUUUCCUAUGUUACUGGUGGCCAACAAAUCAGACUUGGAAAAUCAGCGCAUGGUGAAUACCAUAGAAGGACAAGAGCUAGCAAAGAGUUUGAAGAUUCGUUACAUUGAAGCCAGCGCCAAGACGAGAACAAAUGUGGACCAAGCUUUUUAUGACCUGGUGCGAAUUGUCAGGAAAUUCCAGGCAGAAGAAAGGCCUCCUCAAAAACCAGAAACCAGGAAAAAACCACGAAGGUGCAACAUUCUGUGACAUAAAGCAAGAAACAGCUCUGCAUACCUGUGUGGAAUCUGGUCACUGGGUUAACCACCAGACAGCACCUGUUCUUUUCCUGCUGCUCUGACGCCGCAGUUUGUCUUCUGGCUCUAUUGUGUCAGUGCUGCCAUCCAGUGCUACUUCAGUGUCAGUGGAUGCAGUCGGUUGUCAGAUGCUACACCAGUUACAUAUCCUGUCAGAGUGUGUGAACUAUUGUGUCGUCAGAACAGAUGGAAGAGGACUGCAUCAUCAUAAUUGUUGUCAUUCUACGGAGUGUACAAUGUCAUCAAUGUCUACUGUGAUAGUGAAAAGGGACAUGACUUUACAGAAACCAUCAAAAUCUUUCUUGCUGGAUCUUGAUGAGAAAUGUGAGGGUAGGUGGAAUCACAGUAUGUGGAGACUGCUAGAUUCCACUGUUCUGACUGCAGCAAGUGAGAUGCACCUCCCUAGCACUUCCAUUAGAUAAGACUCCCCUUUAGCCAUAAACACAAUACUUUCUCUUACAUACAGACUGCUUCUUAAUCUAAAACACAGUUGCAGGGAUUUUGAAAACAACAGCCAAGACAUUUUCCUCAUUCAUUUCAUUCUUGGACUGUACAGACAAGGAACAGGAUAUGAUGACCAGGAAAAGGACUGCUGUGUUUGUGGGGUGGGGGAUAGGGGAAAAAUACUACUUGCAUGUUAGGUUUGAAUGUUAGCCAUAUUUGCUAUGAGAGAUUGUGGCAUGAAAGCUUUCAGAGAGAUUGAAUGGAAAUUUUGGAAUAUUGGUAUUUUCCAAGCUUGAAGUGAUGUGAACUGGAGAAUGCGAGCUCUCUUGCAAGAUAGGGUAAGAUCUGGCUUGCUUUGUGAGUAAAAGUGUGGAUGUGUGUGAAUGAGGCCGAGAGCUUGUGUGCAUGUGUAGAUUAUUUAUGGCUGUAUGUAUGCCGUGUUUUGUUUUUGUAUAUUUUAUUCUUGCACCGUGUGCUUUUACAACAGUCUUAUUUGCAGCUCUGCAUCAUAUGACUUAACUUUAUAAAAUGAAGAUGUUUUUGCACAUUUUGUAAUGGUUAAUGGUGUUACUGUAAGUAGAAAAGAAACAUUUACUUGUCAGAAUGCAGCCUGGAGUAUCUGUUGAUGGUGUCUUUUAUGAUUAGAGAAGGCAGCAAAUGGGUUAAUAGCCAAUACUUGUUUAGACUGGGGUGAGGAUAAGAACAAGAAGUAUGAGGGUUAACUGGUCAGGUGAACAGAUGUUCUCCACCCACUAGUAAUUUAUUUUUACCUUGUACAUACACAACACUCAAUGCAGGUUUCUUUAGCUACAGGAAGAUUUAGAAAAGGGUUCAGUUAGAAGACUGUGUGCCUGUUGUUGACAGCUGUACAACCCACUAUAAAAAACCUCUAGGAUGUGUGAAUACUUGAGCAAGUGUUGCUUCUUCCAGCAAGCUUAUUUAUAAUUAUUUCCCCUUUCAUUUAUGACUGUUAGCUCAUGAAACCACUUGCCUGUUCUUUAUGUUACAAACAACUCACUAGAAAUGCAAGGCCUUCAGAACUAGAUUCUGAAUUCAUUCUGUAUUGUUUAUGAAGCAACACAUCUGUAUUGGACUUUACUUCACAUUUGAAUUUUUUAAUUUAUUAGCUGUGCAUAGUGGGAGUACAUAGACUGAAGUACAGAUAAAGUUACAGUUUUCUUCUUUUGCUAUUUGGUAUAGCACUUUGCUUAGAUCUCUGCAUUUUCACUGGGUUUCUCUCUCUCUCUUUCUUUUUUUUAUUUUUUAUUUGAUGGGGAAGGGGUUAAUAGGAGUUGGUGUUUGGGCUCUUUUUAUAGCUGAUACAACAGUUCAAUCUUUUCUAGCAUAUUAAAUCAUUCUCGACAGUUUUUUUUUUUAACACAUUAUAAGUUUUAUGGGGCAUACAGUUAGCUUGAUACUCUUACCUGGUAGGUCUCAUCUUGUAGGAUCAAGUACAAAUUCCUUGUUCUAAAAAAAUGAGUCAUUUGCUUAGCUUACCUGGGUGUUUUCUCUAGUUUAGGAUUUUGUUAUAGCAGAAGAUAACUUUGCAGGUGAUCCAAUAUUAUCAAACCAAACCAUUUGUUCUCUCCCUUUCUACAGCUUCUGCUUUCCUCACUCAAUAUGGUUACCUUUGUCGUAGGACAGACUGCUUUGUCACCAGGAUAAAUUUUUGGAAGAAAACGCCUCUUGUCUGCUGCUAACAGUCUAUUAUUUUACAACCUCAGUCUAUUAUCCUUCAACAUUUGCUUGACAUGAAGGCUUUGCUUAGUGUUGGCUGGGCCUAUGUGUUGUUAUUUCUUGAGGUGCAAUGCAACAGACUGACGAAUGAGAGUUGCUAGAAACUUGCCCCACUUUGUCAUGUAAGGAUUGGUAGGGACUUGCCCAGAUUGUCAUAUAAGAAAUGUUAGCAUGUGGUACAUUGCAUGCUGACGACUGCCAGCCACAAGACUGUAGGGUCAGUGUAGUUUUGGCAGAUGUCUGUUUUACAAUCAGUUGUUUGCAGGUGUCUUACAUGUUAACUACAUAAAUGUUGUUGUUAUUUUUGUGAAAAUCCUGUUUCAAGAUGUCUAUUUUUGCUGGUUUCCUUUUUGUUUGUAAUGGAGUGCUUUUACUGCCCCACGUGUACACUUCGUAUCAUUGCCAGUCUUCAGCUUUCAUAACUCUCACUUUUCUCCAAGCUGCUUUAAGCUUUUUUUCAACUGAAUGUGUUAUGUUCUUAAAUUGUGAUAACAUUUUGCAUAUGUAUUGUCUAAGACAAACAUAAGGGUAUAAUUCCUGGGAAUUUAGAAAUGGAGAUGAGAGGAUGAAAUUGUGUUAACAUGCAUUUUUUUCUUUUCUGACGUCUUUAUCAUGAAAACAGAGCAUUUGCUGAUAUAAAGUUGAUUCAAACUUUGCCAAAUAAACUGUUAUUUUUCUGGUGAGAUGAGAAUUGUGUAGAACAAAAGUGUUUUUACUUCAGCUUUCUUGAUUGAUGCAAUUUUCUUUUUCCAUCUCCUGACGUAUAUAAGCCAUGCAGUUGUACUGUAUCAAGUGUGUGGUCCUCAUGAAGAGAGUGUGUAAACUGAGCCUUAAAGUUGAUAGUGUUUUGGCUUCCCAUCUGACCAGGCUAGGAUCACAAGAUGUUUUGAUGAUGGAGUUGAUUUGAAUCUGAAAAGACAUAGCUAUAUCUGUUGUUAUUUGUUGAUAUAAAUAUUACAUCUGUACAUGCAGACUAUGAAAAUGGGACAGGCAUCUGUCAUAUCUGAAAACACAAAUGACACCAAGGGUUAGGUAACCAGUUUUGUUCGCAUUUUCCAUUAUUGAGUACAAAUCUGAGAUCUGUCACUGAAAUCUGUGAUCUUCCAAGUAAACCAUACAGCUUUUACAUCAUCAAAAUGCUGUGGGCCUACUGUCUGAAGAUUGAAGUAUAGGAAAUCUCCAUCAUUUUGUAGCCAUAAUUUUAAGUCAUUAUAUUUUUCAGAUAUUCAGGCCAGACUUGUCAAAGAUCCACUUGCCACAUUGUCAUGAUAUAAAAGUGGAAAAAUAGACUACACAAGUGGAGAGAAACUGGAUAGGAACAAAGGAACUCAGGUUCACUGCUGAAAUGCUUGAAUAAUCUAACUGCUAGAGGAUGACAAAGUCCUCCAUAACACUCUAGUUGAUUGACAUUCACAUUGGUGCUACCUGCCUGAUGAGUGAUUAUGCUUAGCAGUCAUAUCCAGAUCAGGAAAUAAAUCAUAGCAAUGCUGUCAUAAGUAUUUGCCAGGAAAUUGACAAUAACUGUUGUCUUCGUCGUCAUUAAACCGACCAAGAAGUCAGCAGUCAUAAAGUCAUCCAAAAGUGUCUGCUUGCUCCUUAUUUUGGCUUCUUUAACGGAGUUAAAUUAUUCUUUGACAAUUUCAAAGCAAAGCUGUAUUUGUGGGGAAAAUAGUGUUCAAUGUAAUCUGAAGUAACUUUUGAAAGAUCACAAUUUUUAUACCAGAUCUCAGACUUGCAUGAGGAUAGUUUUGAUGAUGUGCAACCAGUUCCAUUCUUAACUGUAUAAAAUCUCCAUGAAAAACACAAGCAGAUCAGACAAUUCAUCCUCAGAAUAUUGCAAGUUGUGUUUUAUAAAUUAGUCCAGCCGACAAAUACAGCAAUGCAGAACUUGUACCGAGGAUAAGAGACUUUGGAGAUUGUACAGUCUGCCCCAAAUCAUAAAUAUCUGCUUGUGAUUAUCACAAACACUCUGGACCCACCUCACAAUUAUAGUGCCAUGUGACCGUGGGUCCUUAACAGCACUCAAAAAUCACAGAAAAUAGCAAAUGUCUAGUAUCUUAAUGUCAACCAACAACUAUUAACCGUUUGUGUGUGUGUGUGUGUGAGAGAGUUUGAGACUGUGUGUGUGUGAGAGUUUGUGGGGGGUUUGUGAAAGAGAAAGAGGGAGAGAUUGAGAUUGUGUGUGUGAGGGAAUGUGUGUGAGAGAGAGAAAGGGAGUGUGAGAGAGAGGGAGGGAAAUAGUUUGAGGGGGGAAACAUAGUGUUGUGUAGCCUGAUGUAAAACAAAACAUGGUGUAUGAGAGUGCACUGCUUGCUUCACACAUACUGAGCUUAGUCUUUCCAGCAAACUUGAAUGUCAGUGUUUGCAUGGCAUUGUUUCCUCUCUUCCAUUCCUAAAUGUAUUUUUCAGAUCCUAUGUAUAUUUGUUUGGCUGCCUCUUGCUGGCCAAAGGCUCCUUUGAGUCUGUCAGCCAUACGACAGUUGGUGCCCAACUUGCUUGUUCUUGUGUUUCGCAAGAUGCUAGAGAGUUGUCAUGAUUUGGUGCAGUUAAGGAAUAAGCUUUAUGAAUGAAUGUUUUUAAGGAAUGUAAAUUAUAUAGCAGCUGAUUACUAAGAAUGUUGCUACUAAAAAGAACAUUUUCUGAAAUACAAGUUUUUUUACUCAUACUUCACAGUGGACAGAAUAAAUCAGAAAUACACUUCAUGGCUGGACAAAAAGCUCAAAAUGCCCCCAGAUGAAAGUGUCAUUUAAACAUGACAGUGCUGAUUAUAAGAUUUCUUGGAAGUAAAAUCAAGGGAGAAAAGAGUUCACAUCCUAACUCGAGUGACAACUAGAGAGCAGGAAAACAGUGAGCCUUAAAUCUGCAGUUGUUCACGUUUACCUACUAUCUGAUCUUCACCACGAAGCUUGAUGCACACAUUUUCAGGUUGAUGUGGCCUGGUGAGGUCCUACUGAAUUAAUCCACAUCAGUUAAGUCUUACUGAUGCUAACAUUUCAGCACUUUACACUAGGCAUGUUCUAAAGUGAUGCAUUCUCAAGAAAUAAAGGAGUCAGGUUAUUGAUGAAUAUGACACUGAAUGUUAUGCAAUAUUAGUUUUUAAACCAUCCAGUAAAUACAAUCUUGUGAUGGCUAUCAUGUUUGCAGUUCUUUUUUUUUCGGGGGGUGGUAAAUUAUAUGAAGUAAAACUACCAAGAAAAAUGUUGUCUUCAUUCUGACUUGCAAUUUGAAAGUUCUGUACAAUUUUGUUGUUGUUGUAGCUGCUAGGAUUGGGUGUUAUGUUCACUGAACAAAGAUCAGUCUGUUUAGAGUCUUGUCAGCAAAGAGUAGGAAUCUUUCCCUUUCUUGUCACAACACCACAGGGUACGACUUGUGUGCUCUCUCUUCCUCAUUUUGAUAUGAAAUUAAAAAAGGUGUCAUGUUCAUUUAUAUUGCCUCCCAUAUAUUUUAUUCAUCUUUUUAUAUAAGUCCAUAUGAUAGGCCAUAUAAAUGCACUUAUAUCAAGCUUUUUUAUGUACGUGUGUGGUCCAUGUGUAUGUAUAUAAUUAUGCAUCUGAACCACAUUACAUCCUAAAACAUCAGGUUUAUCUGCCCAUAUCAGGUAUUGGUGUUGUCAGAAAUGCUACAUUGUCAAAUACUUUCAAAUUUAAAAGACAACAGAGCAUUAGUCAAAGAAAAAUCUCCAUCCUGCUCAUCUAACAUAUUAUUUAAUUCUUUUGCUGCAAGGCUAAAAUGAUUUAAAGAUUUAGCAGAAUAACAUUUAUUUUCCUAAAACUUAACAGCCUGUGUACAUAUACAUUGUUUUAUAAACAGCUUAUUAGAAUAUGAAGACCAUUUAUUGAUGAAUUAGUCUGCAUCAUAAAUUUAGCAAAUUAGAUGGUGUGCAAUUAGAAUUGCUUGGAAGUUUAUCUAAACAAUGACAGGGAUGAUGAGAAGGAAUGUGUUUCAGUGACGUUUAUCCUAGUGCUGAUGUGUAGGGCUAAUAUCUGGUGUACUUGCAUGUGGUACACUUCUGAUGAGUGAUUGCAGCCAUUUUAUAUUGAGACAUUUUAAAAAAUAUUGAGUGAUUGAACCACAGACAAGAAGCAAAAAAAAUAGGGGUCAUAGGUUAGAGGGAAUUGACUUUGUGAUGCAGACAUCCAACAGACUGGAAAGUAUGAGAAAACAGGAUUGUUAUGCAUGGGUCAUUUUAUGUCUAGACUUUGUGGUGGUGUUGCCUAGUUGAUCAGUUCAGCUUGAGCAAAAUAUUACAGCUCUAUCUUUUUGUUGGGCUGGAAAUGUUUGAAAUAAGAAAGAGACUGUAAUUAAAUUUACAUUCGAUUCAUAGUAACUUUAUUGUAGAAAAAUAUGGUCAGGCAACAGUUGUGGCUUUUCCAGUUUUGUCGGCGCAUUGUAGCCAAAAGAUGACAAAAUAUUCCUGGUUACUUGUGAUAUUAAAUAGAAUGUCAUUGUGUUGCUCUGUUAGUUUUCGGUUUUGUAUAUUCCACGUCAAACCACUGAAGGUCGUCUGCUCUUGAUUGGCCACAUUGGAAGUGGUAGCAGCUGCUCAUGUAAUUAAAUGUGGUAGCAAGUGAAUCCUACCUUCAUCAUCCGAUAGAUUGCUUACACAAUUUCGCUGACUGCAGAAUUUGAGCCAUUUUACCAGAGCUUUGAGUACCUUGACAACCAUCUUAAUAUCUGCAAGCACACCUCUAAAUGCUGAGCAGAGUUAACUACUCAAACUCAUGUGUUUCACAGAAACAGGCUCUCAGGACUUCAGGACUAUAUUCACCAUCCCAAAUGCUGCUCUGUGUUAACAGCAGCUGGUAAUAAUAUUGCAGAAAUUAACUUUUCAAAUGAUAAGAAACUGAAGCGGUGUAGGACAUCUUGAACAGAUGUGCAUCUGGAUGGGGAACAAUGUAGGUUUGAACAAGGAUGCAAAGAAUGUUCCCAUUUUAGCCUUGAAUGAUUUAGGUCUUCAUUUGGUGAUCAGUCUGCAGGCUGAUACAAUGCAUAUUUGUAAAAAAAAAACCCAAAAAGCCAGUUGUCUAAUGUUAAAAAUCUGUGUGAUUGACCCUGACAGUCUUGUGAUAGCUUGUCCCCCUUUAAUUUGCCCACUUCCCCGUGUAUGCAUGCCAUUGUGUGAACAUAUUCUGUUGAAGCUGAUCUGUGGAUUAUCAUGUUCUGGGAAAUAAAUAUUUUUAGAUUCUAAA